AUGGCUUUACGAUACUUGGUCUCGUUGUCUUUGGUGGUCGCAGUUCUAGCCGACCAGACCUCACGCACCAGCAUCAGUCUCAGCGGUCCUCCUACUGUCAGCCAUCCCCAACCUUCCUACCAUCCUGGUCCCGCUUAUCAACCUAAACAUUCUACUGAGCAAGUACACGAGCCUGCUGUGCCAGAAUGUGCUGCCAACACAACCAAAUCAUGGUGCCUCCAAGACGACCACUAUCCCACCUACGAGAUCAAACACGCAGCUGAGUAUCACUAUGAGAAGCUCCUCUCCCUCUAUGCUGACGUAGCCGACCUCAACACCGAGUUGUCUGUGGACCGACCAAACACCCUGGAUGAGGAAACUUACUUGUGCCCAUCAGAGACCGCUUACGUCAGGCCCCUUCGUGCUCAGAAUACCGAGGGAAAAUGGCGUUUCGUUGUAAACAAUAUCGAUGUCCAUUAUCAGACUCUCAUUCAGACUACACGCAUUGAAGAGUGUCUCACUUCCGCCGAUGCAUGUCCUCUGGUGCCUGACUGCUACGAUUCCAAGUGUCAGCAGAAGUCCAUCAAUCACCGUUUCCUUGUCUACGAUUCCUAUGAUCAGUACUUCCCCUUCGCCAUCGAGACAUUCAAGCUUCCCGCCACCUGUGCUUGUGUCUUGGCUUGGCCGCCUAUACCAACGACCAUUAUACUUGAUCUUGAGCAUUAG